UUUAAAAAUGACCAAAGAAGGAAAACGGCCGCUGACCCCAAAUUCCAGGUGACCUUGAGUGCCCACAGGGCGAUAAACGAUUUCCCGUUCUUUUCCAGCUCGGUGAGUUUUCCCCUUUUCUCCCGAACGCGAGACUAGACUUGAGAAGCAAAAUCAAAACAAAAGUUAUACGCGGUGGAGCAGAAUAUUUGCGAUCAUCCGGCCACGCCGCCUUAAACCGUUGGCCAUCCUGCUGAGCUAUCGCUUGCACUUCCCGAGAUGGAUCCCGGCGUGCUGUAUACGCUCGUGUACCUGCUGCUCUGUUUUUUCAUCAUCUUCCCCACGACGGAGAUUGAAUCGUUCGGCUUGACCGUGGAUAAUCUGUGUUCCCGCUACCUCACCGGUGAUAACUUUGUGCAGUAUCACAUGAAGCUGACGACGGUCAAGAUGCUCAUCCACUUCACGAUGCCCGCCACGUACGUUGCCUACAUGCGGCUGUUGCGCUGGCUCAAUCCGGACGAUUUCAAGCCCCACCUCUCACCGAUGGUGGCACAUUUCAAUCACCACGGAUUACUCCUGGCAGCCGUCCUGUUGCUGGCCGCGCUGGCUGUUGCCGUUGCCGUGUACUGGGCCUGGAACGGUUGGAGUAAUCAUCCUACCGCGAAACACCUGCAACAAUUCAUCAACGAAACGACGAUGCGCGAUUGGCGGGCAGUUGCCACCAACAUCAACGACGAGUGCAGACGAGUUACAAAGAUGGUGGUUCGAUUGAACACGCUUUCGAAGCUGGUCGUGACCGAAAAUUGGAUUGUAGAAAUAAGACAAUAUGGAAUCAAUGUAGCACAUCAGAAUGCGGCCGUGAUGAUCGUGUGCGAGGUCAACACUCAGGAUGUUAUAACGGACACGAUUGAGGAGUCACAGUUUGUGAACAUUACCGUCCACCAGCUGCACCAGCAGCGCCAGCAACAGCAACGCCAACAGGGUACCACAAGCUUCAAGCUCCGGCUGAACGGUGUACACUACAACGAUCUUCGUGAUCGCGUGCGCUGUCCGGUGCACGUGCUACCGUCGGUCAAAUUUCAAAGCCUAAACGAUCGGUUCGUAGAAGCGUUCCGGGAGGUGAUUGCCCGGAAUGGUACCGUAGUACCGGCAGCCGGUCCGAUCGCCGGUGACAGUUGCCUGGCCUGCCUGCAAGCACAGCCAGACGUGAAGAUCGAGAAACGGUGCCUGGAUGUCGAUCAGGCGGGGAACCUGCUGCCGGACGCGGAACGAUGUGAACCGUGCCAUUGUCGACCGCACUGGUGCCUUAGCUGUCUAGCGGUAUGGUUCGCUUCCAGACAGGAACGAUCCGAGUGGAACACCUGGUUAAGCCGCAAAGCCACCUGUCCGAUGUGCCGGGCUCGGUUUUGUGUGCUGGAUGUGUGCUAUCUAGAGCCGAACGUGCCAACCGAUGCUGAUGCUGCUCAGCGGUAA